CCCACAGAAGGCGGGACCUAAACAACCCCCACUACUCAUCCAUACAGCCCUUCACAAAUUCACUUCAUUUUUCAAAGCAGCGAGAGACGGGCUUUGUCUCUGUUGUAACCAAACCACACGAGGAGAAAUCCUACAGGAACAUAAAGAAGCCGAAAUACUGGAAAAUAUAAGCAAGAACAGCAUUUCUCAUUUUAGUCGUGAAGAUCUCUGAAUCCAGGAGUUCACUGACCCACAACUCGCACGUGGGAUAUUGACUACUUCCACCAUGGAACCUGUCAGAUCAGAAAUGAGUGUCCUUUCCAAUGGGAAAGGUCAUGACCUGGGAGAAGAAAUGUGCGUGCCGAUGAAGACUAUGAUGGAGGAAGAACACUGUACCCAUCACAACAGCAGGUUUGAUGAUCCUGGCAGCACACUUACUGAGAACAUUGAGUUCCUGCCCAACGGCGAGGGAAAGAAGCCACGUUUCACUGAUUUUGAGGGGAAGACCUCUUUUGGCAUGUCAGUCUUCAAUUUGGGCAAUGCCAUUAUGGGCAGUGGGAUAUUGGGAUUGGCCUACGCUAUGGCCAAUACUGGCAUACUGCUUUUCUUGUUUCUCCUCACGGCUGUAGCUGGUCUCUCCUGCUAUUCUAUUCACCUCCUGCUGAAGUCUUCUGGUGUUGUGGGAAUCAGAUCUUAUGAACAGCUGGGAUUCAGGGCCUUCGGAAUGACAGGGAAGUUGGCAGCCGGAAUCGCUAUCACUCUUCAAAACAUUGGAGCCAUGUCCAGUUACUUAUACAUCAUCAAGUCAGAGUUCCCGCUGGUCCUGCAGGCAUUUUUGAAAGCAGAUACCACUUCAGGGGAAUGGUAUCUUAAUGGAAACUACUUGGUGGUGCUUGUGUCUCUCUCUGUCAUCCUACCUUUGGCUCUAAUGAAACAGCUGGGAUACCUUGGUUAUGCCAGUGGUUUUUCACUCAGCUGCAUGGUCUUCUUCCUCAGUGCAGUCAUCUAUAAGAAGUUCCAGAUUCUGUGCCCAUUUGAGGAGUUUUCAGCCAAUAGCACGCUGACACUUGAUCAUUCAAACGUGACUGUGAACCACAACCACGGCUACCAGAACGGACAUGUGAUGGAGGACGACUCCUACUGCAGUCCGCAGAUGUUUACCGUCAACACACAUACUGCAUACACCAUCCCCAUUCUCGCCUUCGCGUUUGUCUGCCACCCUGAGGUCCUGCCCAUCUACACUGAGCUGCGCAACCCAACUCAGAGGAAGAUGCAGCACGUUUCCAACGUCUCCAUUCUGAUCAUGUACACCAUGUACUUCCUUGCUGCUCUCUUUGGAUACCUAACAUUUUACACUAAUGUUGAGCCCGAGCUUCUGCACACAUACAGCAGGAUCGACCCUUACGACACUCUCAUCCUCUGCGUGCGUUUGGCUGUGCUCACCGCCGUCACGCUGACUGUGCCCAUCGUUCUGUUCCCAGUGCGAAGAGCCAUUCAAGAGAUGAUAUUCCCUAAUAAGACCUUCAACUGGAUCCGACACAUUGCCAUCGCUGUCGUUCUCCUGACCUUCAUCAAUAUGCUGGUCAUCUUCGCUCCCAACAUCCUGGGCAUCUUUGGCGUCAUUGGUGCAACAUCCGCUCCGUGUCUUAUCUUCAUCUUUCCUGCUGUCUUCUACAUCCGUAUUGUUCCCAAGGAUAAAGAGCCAAUGCGCUCUACUCCUAAAAUCUUUGCUGCCUGUUUUGCUGGACUGGGCGUGUUGUUUAUGAUAAUGAGCUUGGGCUUCAUCAUCAUUGAUUGGACAUCAGGCAGCAGCAGUGGUCUGGGUGGCCACUAGGAGAAAAACUCUGAUGAACGACGAUGUGUGUUUUUGUGUACGUGCCUUUGUAUGAGUGUGUGUGGCAUUCGUUAGGUUAGUGAUGUAACAUACUGGAAGGUGAUCUCAUUUAUUUCUAUCCAUAUUUUUCUACACGUUAUGACACAGAGGAUGCCCUAUCCCACUGUGGGCAGAAAAAAGGUGAGGGGGACCCAAAUCAACAUCCCAUUUUACACAGAUAGCCUGCCGUCAGAUAAUGGGGAAAAUUGCAUUACUCUAAAAAUUCAGACUGAUGUUUUGUAUUUUAAAACCUGUAAAUGUACUGAUUUUGUCUAUUUGGGCAGAGCUUUUUUAUUUAUUUAAGGGUUGGUGCAUCCUCACUUAACCUGUAGAAAUAUGCUGCUUCAGUUUGCUUGUCGUUAUUUUUAUUAACUCUCACUCUCUGUUUUAUUAAUCCAGAGCUCUUAUACUUGACACUUUUUACUGCAAGUACUGUGGAAACACAUAAUUGCAAUCUUCAAGAUUUCUUUUAAGUAACAGCAAAUUCUUUGUACAAUAGCUAGCUGUAUAUCAGAUUUCUACAUAUUUAAUUCUACAUAUUACUUUGGCCAUAGUACGAGGAUGUUGUAGAGGUUUUGAUUGCUCUCUGGGAGUUAAAUGAAGGGGGAGUUUGGUAAAGAUGGAUCGGUAGAUGGUUUACUCCCCAGUGGGCUUUGGACAAUCAACAUUCACAUUGCCACCUAUUUCAGAUAACUUUCAGUGUUUUCAGUCAAGUGAGAGUGCAAUUUAUCAUAUCGCACAAUUUCACUGUGCCAAAGCUAAGGAUUUCUAUAACCAAACUAUCAUGAAUCAUAUUUUCUGUUUUCCUAAAGUAUGCACAGUAGUCAUAGAAUGCAAGGCGUGCCUUAAUCACAUGGAGAUUUGAGCAGUGAAAAAUGUAUUUAUUUAAUUGUAUCGAAUAUAUUUAGCAGUUGACUGGA